CAGACCCAAGUACACUGGUUAAUACAAACGCCAAUAGUUUUAUGAUUAACAUGAAUCUUUUAUCAAUUAUCACAGUGGGGAGGAAUCGGUCCCUGGGCGCGGGGACGGCAGUGACGUCCCGCUCCGGGCCCGGCCCAACAUGGCGGCGGCGCCGUCUCCAUGGCGACGCGCCCCGCGCUCCGGUUGCCAUAGCAACGCCCACGCCGUUCCCGCGGCUGCGCGGCCCCGCCCCUUCCGGGCUGCGGCGGCCACGUGAUCCCCUCGGUGCGCUCGGCGCGCGGCUCCCCCCGGCGGCCGGAGCGUGACCGGGAGUGACCAGAGUGACCACAGAGUGACCGGGAGUGACCGCAGUGACCGCCGGCAGCGACAUGUCCACCGCCAUGAACUUCAGCAGCAAGAGCUUCACGCCGCGGCCGCCGGACAAGGGCGCGUUCCCGCUGGAUCACUUCGGGGAGUGCAGCGCCUUCAAGGAGCGCUUCAUGGAGUGUCUGCGCCACAGCGGCUACGAGAGCGCNGGAGGAAUCGGUCCCUGGCAACGCCCACGCCGUUCCCGCGGCUGCGCGGCCCCGCCCCUUCCGGGCUGCGGCGGCCACGUGAUCCCCUCGGUGCGCUCGGCGCGCGGCUCCCCCCGGCGGCGGCAGCGUGACCGGGAGUGA